AUGGGCGUAGGAAAACAAAGCUCACCACCCCCACCUCCUCCCCGAUGGGCUGUUGAGCUCAACAAUCCUCCCCCGUCCCGGCCAAAGAACACUUCCAAUAUCCCAGACCCCCCCGGCUUCUCCGCGCAGAGAGCUAUUGGCGGCAAGCAGAAAACCUCGCAACUUCCAGCCCGCAAGCCUCCGACGCAGGAGGAAACCGAUAUCUUAAAGCUCAAAAAGUCAUGGGAGAUAGCUCUUGCGCCGGGCAAGCAGCUCCCUAUGCAAUUGAUCAUGUCUUAUAUGAGUGGAAACUCUUUACAGAUCUUUUCAUUGAUGAUGGUUGCCAUGCUGUUCAAAGGGCCAUUACAAGCAAUCGCCGCCACCAACUCUACAUUCACCAAGCUUGAGACAGAGGGUAACAAGGGCAAAAUGAUUUUAGUCAAGGCAACUUUUGUCGGAAUGCAAUUUAUGCUGCUUGCAUUAGGGGUAUGGAAGAUUGGUCAGAUGGGUCUGUUACCGACCACGCAAUCCGACUGGGUGGCAUUUGAGGGUGAGAGGAUAUGUCUGGAGAAAGCCUACUUUGCAACAUGA